AUGGAUCAGAAGUUCGUGGCGUGUGCUGCGCUGAUGCUCGGCUGUCUUACUUUGACUGCGGUGCCCAGCGCCUCGGCGCUGGUCGUGAAACUCAACACUCUCAUCCUCACAGUGCCAGGCUGGAACAUUGAUUUCCUGGAGUCCACCCUGCUGGGCUAUGGCGCCCCCUACACCGUCGCUCGCUACGACAAGAGCAACCCCCUCGACCUGACCCAGCUCCUGUGGGCCCCUGACGGCUCCGCCAACUUUGCCGGCUACGUCAUGUACCCCAAUAUUGAGGCAAUGGGCCAUCUCAACAGCACACAGGUCCUCACCAUCUGGGACUACCAGAACCGCACAGGCGCCCGUUCCGUCAAGUUUGGUGCGUGGCCGACCAACGUCGGCAUCGACGUCAACACCACCGCCUGCAGCUCAGCUGACGUCACCAUGACGUUCACAGCCGCCGCACCCCUGGGGGCGUCUGGCAUUCUCCCCUCUGCACCGCUCAGCAGCAGCGGCCUCUACAGGUGCCCCGGCUCGGGCUCGGCAGCGCCGCUGACUACCUGCUCAAUCUGGGCCAGCGACUUUGCCGGCGCCGGCCUGCACCCGGCCUGCCAGUCCACGCCCGUCCUGAUGGUCGGCGCCAACGUCGCGGGCACGCUGGUCAAAUUUGGGGACGGGCGGGAGUCGCUGGCGUUCAUGCAUGACUGCGGCGGCUGGUCCACCACCUGCCUGGUGCUGAGCCACGUUUCACUGUCCUGGAUGCUGCAGGGACUCAUCCCUGGGGAGCGCCUGUCGCUGCUGACAGUCCAUUUUGAUGAUUUCUUCCUGGCGACAGAGUUUGACGCCAACCUGAAGGUCGGGUCCCUCUCCCAGUACCGCGCGACAGUGCCAGACCUGCAGGCCCACCUCACCUGGCGCAGCGCCCUGGCGGCAUCCAGGCCCGGCACUACAAUCACGUACGAGCUGCCCUUCAACGGCAACGGCGUGCUUGAGCAGGUCGCCAACACGCUCAAGCAGACCAACGUGUCGCCUAUCGACGUGGAUGACCGCAGCUGCAUCGACUUCCCCGACUACAUCACCCUCGGCUGCUCCUGCUGGUUCAUCGGGACAGCUGCAUGCCCCGCCACGCAGCCCGCGUUUUGCCGCAACUGCACCAAGGACUGGGCCAAGCCCCUCGGCUCUGGCGUCAACCGCGCCGCCCAGAGCACCAAGACCAACAACGCCACCUGGAACGUCGCCGACUUCAGCGCUGGCGACCCCCUGGCCAACUUCAUCAUCACCAACACCAACGGGCAGGCGGACGGGUUUUUCUACAAUCACCACACGUUCUCCCACGAGAACCUGGACAACGUGACAACUUUUGACACCGACAUCCAGAUCGAGCUCAACAUGCAGAUGGCGACGUACCUGGGCCUUACCUCACGCAAGUCCUACAGCAGCAGCUGCAUGGUCACACCCCAGAUCAGCGGCCUCCGCAACGGCGACGCGCUCGCCUCCCUGGCGCGUCACGGCAUUGCGUGCAGCGUUGGCGACAACACCUGGCCGUUCCUCCUGAACACUGAUAACCCUCACCACAUGCUGCUGACCACCAAGGCCACCAACGGCUACGAUGGAUAUUCGAUCCUGCCGAGGUUCGCCACCGAGAUCUACUACAACUGUUCGACUCCCACCCAGAACAUGAUCCUGUACAACAACCUCUACAGGUCGUACUUCGGCAAUGACUCAACAAUCUCCGACCUGCUGCAGCGCGAGGCGGUGCGGGUGUCGCGCGCGCUGUUCAACCUGCACCACGACCCGCACAUGAUGCACCAAGCCAACCUGGCGAUUCUGGACGGCUCCGGCAAGAGCCUGUCCAUGCGCUGGGUGGAGGCCGUCGUGGCUGAGUUUGGCAAGUACGCCUCGUGGCCCCUCACAUCCCUCAAGCUCGACGACCUGAGGGCCGCGUUCCUGGCCAGGCAGGCGCGCGACGCGUGCGCACUGUCGUACGCGCUUCAGGUUGGGACCAACGGCACGGCGUCGACACUCACUGUGACGAGCGGCGCGGCCGCGGACGGGACCCAGUGCUCGGCGCCGCUGAUCAUGGGCGGUAGCAGCAUGAGCAUGGCCGUGGCCAAGGGCGGUUCUGUGCAGGUCCAGCCUGCAGGGCUGUCCUGGUACGUGCCCCAGCCCGUGUGA